GAAAUUGGUCAAAAAAUAUUUUGAAAAAAGUUUAGAUUAUUGUGGACUCUUAGAACGUCUUGUUCACGAAAAAAACAUCACAAACACAGAAGAAAGAAAUUCGCAAACCAUAGCCACAAAAAAGUAAGAACAGGAUUCACACAUAAUCAUAACACAAACACUUUUCAUCCAUUUCAAAAAAAAGAAAGAAUGUCUCAUUCUUUGAAUCCCUUCGCAACAACUCACUCCGAUUCCGGUUCCGAUUCUGACGUUGACUCACUGAGUCAAUUCGUCACCGACCUCUUCGAAAAUCGCUCCCCCGCCGAUCCGGCUUAUCCCUGGGAUGAUGAUGACGAUGAGGAUGAUGAAAGAGACAUCAACCCUUUCUCCGACUUUGCUUGCGAUCAAGGUGAUCCAGAAUUAGAAUUAGGGUUUGGAGAUGAAAUUGAAACUCAGUACAACGAUAAUUAUGAUGAUGUCUUUGAUUUUUCAGUCGGUGGUGGUGAUUCCACUGGGCUUAGGGUUAUUGGAUUUGGUUCCGAUUCGGAAUCCAGUGGUCAUGAUGAAGAAUAUGGUUAUGAAGGAAAUAAUGAUGAGGAUGAUGAGAGGGUUGGUGGAUUGUGUUGGGAUAGUCUUUGUUUGGAAGAUCAUAGGAGUAUUUUGAAUGAUUGGGAGGAAGUGGGGGAAGAGAGGGUGAAUGAGAUUGAAGAUUCUUCUAGUUUGUUGAUUGGUGAGGUUGAUGUUGAUGUUGAUGAUCAGUCGGUGGCGACUGGGUUUGAGGAGGAUGAAGAGGAACAAGGGGAAGAGGCGUUGCGGUAUUUGGAAUGGGAGAUUCUAUUGGCUUAUAACAAUUUCGAGAGGAGUGGUGGAUUGGAACACGACGAUGAGAAUAUUAAUAACUUGUAUUUAGCUGUUCAGGAAGGUUUUAUUUCAGGAAACACUGAUUACGAUAUUCUUUUCAGUCAGUUAUUGGAGAAUGAGAGUGGUUUGAAGGGUAGUCCACCGGCGGCCAAGAGUUUUGUGGAGAAUCUCCCUUUGGUGGAAUUGACUGAGGAGGAGUUGAAAAAGAAGGAUGUCACGUGUGCCAUUUGUAGAGAUGAGGUAAUUGCGGAAGAGAAGGUGAGGAAGCUACCUUGCUCACAUUGUUAUCACGGAGAUUGUAUUUUGCCGUGGUUGAAUAUUCGCAACACGUGUCCUGUUUGUCGGUUCGAGUUGCCAACUGAUGAUGCUGAUUACGAGCAGAGUAAGGUUCAUAGAAUUGCCCGUGAUCUGUUGGAUUUUGCAGCAUAGAUGUAGUUUUUUAACUCGUUGCUUUGCUUUUAGGUUAUUCAUUCCCCCAAGUUUAUGUAAAUAGCAAGUUGGUUUUGUCUCGUUUAUUCAAAUGAUGAUGAGGACAAAUCUUUUGUAAUUAGUUUUCGUGUUGUGCUGGUUUGAAAUAAGUUUUUAGUUUACCAUUUUGUGUGCACUGGAUAUACUCAAGAAAUGGAUGCUGUCAAUACUUAAGUUUAUGUUCAUAAAGGUGAAGUGUCACAAGAUGGAUCAUGUUGAUGGGUUAGUUAGUAUUUCUUUUCAUAUAUUUAUAAUUAUUGUAUUUAGGCAUGUUGGUCCUAAAUGUAUAAAAUGUCGAUCAUUUGUAUGUCUUAAGUUUAGCUUACCCUUUUUUGAAAGAGUUGCAUUCCUAAAGAAAGGGAAAACGAGUAUUAGUUAGCGGAAUGGUAUUGUAAGUUUGUAACUUUGUAUAAGUUAACAUGGUUCUUACUCAUUUGAUUUCCCUCUUUUGUGUAAAGGAAGUGUUAUUCCAUGA